AUGCCUUCGGCAAUCUUGCACCACCAAACCAACGGCAUCGCCAAUCAAUCACAUGCAAUUGCUGAGUCAAUACCAGAGAUUGAUCCUGCUGUCACCCAAGAUGACCAGAGUGACUCUAUCCCCACACACUCGCUUGGGGUGAAACCUUCAGGCAAUAGCUUCCUGUCCAAUGGCCCAAAUGCAAAGGCAAGCAGUGGAACAUGGCGGUUUUUGCCAGAUGAGAUGCUCAUGUUAAUACUGGAGCUAGCAGAUGCAAAGUCAUUGCUAAGCCUUGGUUCCACGUGCAAGUUUUUAUAUGCUUUUUGCCACGCAGAUGAACUUUGGAAAGCCUUGUUUCUGCAGUUAUCACCAGAGGCUAGUCGUUCUCUCCACUGGUUUGGUUCAUGGAGGUCAACUUACUUGGCAUUAUCCAAGGACAAAGAAGCUGCAGUAGACUGCGGAAAUGUCUUUUCUGAUGUUCUACACAGGCCAUUUGCCUGUAGCAACAUCGUACUAUCGAACGUUGUGAAAAACAUUCCCAAGUCGAAUCAGAUUCGGCGGAUGGAGAAUCUGACAUAUGAGCAAUACGCAGAUCGUUGGACAGAGCAGCCUUUUAUUCUCACCAAGUGCAUUCGGGAUUGGCCAGUGUGUUGCAAGUGGACCAUUGACGGACUGCUUAAAGCCUACGCCAAUGUUGAGUUCCGCGCAGAAGCAGUCGAUUGGACAAUGGAGCGAUACUGCACUUACAUGAAGAACAAUAAGGAUGAAAGUCCGCUGUAUCUGUUUGAUCGCAAGUUUGCAGAAAAGAUGGGCAUCACUGUUGGCCGUGAAAACGGCGGAGCAUAUUGGAAGCCCGACUGCUUCGGUCCCGACUUGUUUGAGGUCCUCGGAGACGAACGGCCUGCUCACCGAUGGCUCAUCAUCGGCCCGGAGCGAAGUGGCUCGACGUUCCACAAAGACCCCAACGGCACGAGUGCUUGGAACGCAGUCGUUCAGGGUUCAAAGUACUGGAUCAUGUUCCCACCAACGGCUCAAGUUCCUGGUGUGUAUGUGUCGGAAGACAGCAGCGAGGUUACAAGUCCGCUUAGCAUUGCAGAGUGGCUUCUGACUUUCCACGAGGAGGCAAGACAACUCCCCGAGUGUGUCGAGGGCAUCUGCAAUACAGGAGAGAUUCUGCAUGUUCCAAGUGGGUGGUGGCACCUUGUUGUCAACCUUGAGAAUGGCAUUGCCUUGACGCAGAACUUUGUUCCCCAGUCUCCGAGCCUCAACCUCUUGUCUGAGGUGUUGUUGUUUAUGCGAGACAAGGCGGAGCAGGUUUCUGGUUUCGACCCCAACGUCGCACAGCCAUUCGAGCUGUUCACAGAAAGAUUGGGACAAAAGUAUCCGGCUCUCCUGGAGAAGGCGCUUGACCUAGCAGACAAGAAGAGUGGCAAGAAACGAAAAUGGGACACAGCGAUCGGCAAAGAAACAGAAGAGGAGGGAUCAGGAGGAGGCUUCAGCUUUGGGUUCGGGGGAGACGACGAUGACGAGAUUCCUUGA